CUGCUUAUCCACCCAUCACAUCAAAGAGCUUACGAUCGACGGGUGGCUGUCCAGCUCGCCGACGGCACGACCGUAAUCGUUGACGUGUUUGAGCCACUCAAAAUGUAUAAGAGUAACCUCGACGUCAUUUUGGUACUGAUUCCGGGAUUUCCCCCGAGCUGCAAGAGCAACUACAUUCGAAGCUGCUUGUAUUACGUUCAAGAUCAAGGGUAUGAUUGUUGA